AUGACUUCGUCUUCUUCAUCACUUGCUCCUCCCCUGGAUAAAUCCAUUCGUCAUCGUUCUUCAUCUGUUGGAAGAAUUGACGUCGGUGACACAGCAUCCCGAUCAUUUUCAACCAUGCCAACCACUAGAUCUCUGAGAAGAAGGUCUAUUGCUAGAUUACAGGAAUUACAAGACAAAUCUACUACCGAUUCAGCUAUUGUACAUAAAUUAAUUGUUGGAUUCAGAGAGUUAACCUAUAGACACACUUGGAUUUGGCCAUUCAUUGUAUUAUGUGUCAUGGUUGGUACUUAUUUAGUUUCAUCACCUACCGGACAAAUCCACCAAAUCUUGGGAGACAUGAUAAUUCCAUCUUACCAUAUUCCUGGUACUGACCAAUAUGCUAAAGGUGCCAAUGACUUUAAAUUUGUUGGUUUCUAUGCUAUUUUCUUUACAUUCUUGAGAGAAUUCAUGAUGUGUUGUGUUUUACGCCCAAUAAGUGUUUGGCUUGGAGUUACCAAAGAAGCUAAACAAAAGAGAUUUUUGGAACAAACCUAUGCUAUGUUUUAUUAUGGUAUGACCGGUCCAUUUGGUUUAUGGAUCAUGAGCAGAUUACCAUUAUGGUACUUUGAAACUACCCCAUUUUAUGAACAUUAUCCACACAAGACUCAUGAUAUCUAUUUCAAGAUUUACUACUUGGGUCAAGCUGCUUUUUGGGUGCAACAAUCAGUAAUUUUGAUUUUGCAAUUGGAAAAACCAAGAAAAGAUUUCAAAGAAUUAGUAUUGCAUCAUAUUAUCACUAUUGCAUUGAUCUGGUGUUCUUACAGAUUCCAUUUCACUUGGAUGGGUUUGGCCGUUUAUAUCACUAUGGAUAUUUCUGAUUUCUUUUUAGCAUUAUCCAAAACUUUGAAUUACUUGGAUUCCCCAAUCACAGCCCCAUUUUUUGCUUUGUUCAUCGGUGUUUGGAUUUACUUGAGACACUACAUUAACUUGAAGAUCUUGUGGUCCGUCUUAACUGAAUUUAGAAGUGUUGGUGAUUUCACCUUGAACUGGGACACUCAACAAUAUAAAUGUUGGAUUUCCCAACCAAUUACCUUUUUCUUGAUCUUUGCUUUGCAAUUGGUUAAUAUUUACUGGUUGGUUUUAAUCUUUAGAAUUUUGUACAGAUACAUCUUUGCUGGUGUUGCUAAAGAUGAACGUAGUGACGAUGAAGAUGAUGAAGAAGAAGAAGACGAUGACGAUGAUGAUGAUGAAAUAGAAGAAGGUGAAAAGAUCGAAGAUAAGAAAGAUCAAUAG